GGUGGCGGUGGGGUUGGCCAUGGCGGAGCUGGUGCAGGGGCAGAGCGCUCCGGUGGGCAUGAAGGCUGAGGGCUUCGUGGAUGCCCUGCACCGGGUCCGGCAGAUUGCUGCUAAAAUAGAUUCAAUUCCUCACUUGAAUAAUUCCACACCCCUGGUGGACCCCUCCGUGUACGGAUAUGGAGUACAGAAGCGGCCUCUGGAUGAUGGAGUAGGUAACCAGUUAGGGGCCUUGGUACAUCAAAGGACAGUAAUAACAGAAGAAUUCAAAGUCCCUGAUAAAAUGGUUGGAUUUAUUAUUGGCAGGGGAGGUGAGCAGAUUUCACGAAUUCAAGCAGAAUCUGGGUGCAAAAUUCAAAUUGCCUCAGAGAGUUCUGGGAUUCCAGAGAGGCCCUGUGUACUUACCGGAACCCCAGAAAGUAUUGAACAAGCCAAACGGCUCCUGGGGCAGAUUGUGGACCGAUGUCGAAAUGGGCCUGGCUUUCACAACGAUAUAGAUGGCAACAGCACAAUCCAGGAGCUUCUUAUCCCUGCGUCUAAAGUGGGGCUGGUCAUCGGCAAAGGAGGGGAAACAAUCAAGCAAUUGCAGGAGCGGACAGGUGUGAAAAUGGUCAUGAUCCAGGACGGCCCGCUGCCUACAGGAGCAGACAAGCCUCUCCGCAUCACUGGAGAUCUGUUUAAAGUGCAGCAAGCAAGAGAAAUGGUCCUGGAGAUCAUCCGAGAGAAAGAUCAGGCUGACUUCCGGGGCGUGCGCAGCGAUUUCACCUCCCGAGCGGGAGGAGGUAGUAUAGAGGUGUCUGUGCCCAGAUUUGUUGUUGGGAUUGUCAUAGGAAGAAACGGAGAGAUGAUUAAGAAGAUCCAGAAUGACGCUGGCGUGAGGAUCCAGUUCAAACCAGACGAUGGGAUUAGUCCAGAAAGAGCAGCGCAGGUCAUGGGCCCUCCAGAUCGGUGUCAGCAUGCAGCUCGAAUCAUCAAUGAGCUCAUCCUCACGGCACAGGAAAGAGAGAUCCUUGGAGGCCUCGCGGUAGCAAGAGGAAGAGGCCGAGGCCGCGGCGACUGGAGUGUGGGCACUCCUGGUGGUGUCCAGGAGGUCACAUACACAGUGCCAGCUGAUAAAUGCGGCCUCGUGAUAGGUAAAGGGGGCGAGAACAUCAAAAGCAUCAACCAACAAUCAGGUGCCCAUGUGGAACUUCAGCGGAACCCCCCUCCUAACACCGACCCUAACCUGCGGAUAUUUACCAUCAGGGGUGCUCCUCAGCAGAUCGAGGUGGCCAGGCAUCUCAUAGAUGAGAAAGUUGGCGGUGCCAGCCUUGGAGCCCCUGCGGCCUUCGGACAGAGCCCCUUCAGCCAGCCACCCGCUGCACCGCAUCAAAACACCUUCCCUCCCAGGGGCUUCCCCAACAUCGCUGCUAAAGUUAACGGGAACCCCCACAGCACCCCUGUGAGUGGCCCUCCAGCUUUUCUGACCCAAGGCUGGGGCAGCACUUACCAGGCUUGGCAGCAGCCUACACAACAAGUCCCAAGCCAGCAGAGCCAGCCACAGAACAGCCAGCCCGACUACAGCAAGGCCUGGGAGGACUAUUACAAAAAGCAGAGUCAUACCACCAGUGCUGCCCCACAGGCCAGCUCCCCACCAGACUACACGAUGGCUUGGGCUGAGUACUACAGGCAGCAGGCCGCCUUCUAUGGGCAGACUUUAGGGCAGGCUCAGGCCCACAGCCAGGAGCAGUAGAUGGGCAUCUGCCGCGGCUCUUCCCCGAAAUCAGUGUGAGAGAAACCUGUUUGUUACAGAGAUUUUUAGAUUUGCAAACCUUUCGAUGAAGACCUUUGUUUUGUUCUGUGAAACACUAUAUUUAGAUUAACAGAAAUUUUCUAAAAAUCGGGAAAAUGAGUUACUAAACAUUGCUGGUAAUUUUUGUGUCAUGAUUUCUUUGUAAAUGUGUAAGCUCUGGAGCUCUUGGAGCAAAACCUGCCAGCUCAGGUGCCGAGCUCUCCUCAGAGCCUGGCAGUUAGUUCAUCACGGGAGCUCUCCUCAGAGCCUGCCAUUUCAUAAAUGAUGGGUUUGUCUUGUGUCUUUUUAUUUACAGUUUGGGUGGUUUUUUUGUUGUUGUUAUUGUUGUUGUUGGUUUUUUUUUUUCUCUUUUUUUCUGUUUUUGGUUUUUUUUGGUUUUUGUUACAACAGAAAAAAUGGCUUGGAAGUCUUAGGUGGUAAUGUAACAAAUUCUUUAAAAAAUUUUUAAGCAGUAUUUAAAUAUUCGUAAAUGUAAAUUCAUUAAGUGUUUCACCUCUAAUUUCUCGUAUCUUGGCUGUCUGGUUUUAGUGCAUUUUUUUAAAAAACUGAACUAUUAUGUAUUGUAAUUAAUGAUGUGAAUUUUGAACUGAGACGGGUCCUUGUGUUGUGGGAGGGGUCAUUUGUGGGUUGUGUCAUUUCUAGCGUUUUGAUGGUGAUGCAGAGACGCAGUCUACCUUCUUGUAAGCUGCCUGUUUCCAUUACCCGGGGCAGUUGUGUGUCUAAGACCUCCAAGCUGGUUUUAAAAACAAAAAGCCUUUCUCUAUUCUCAGAAAUAUAAAUACUGUUAUUUUUAAUAUUAAAAAGAAAUUCAAUAUAACUUUUAACAAACACUGUGGACAUUAAACCAUAUAAAAAAAUGUAGUAACUAUUUUUUAAUUCCAGGGUGUUUUUUGCUUUUUCCUUAAAUAUUUUCUUAAUAUUUGUCAAAUUAACUAGGUAAAUAAAUAAAUCUAGUAUUAACCACAGAAUGAGUUAAAUAAUUUUGGUUUAAUGAAAGGGGUAAUAUGAUUUCCAGUGUUUACUGUAGUGUAUCUUGUACAGAUAACAUGUAUUUUUAAACAAAAAACGGAAUUGAAGCUAUUUUUUCUUGCAUUUUGAAUUGACCUGAGGAACAUUCCGUUUGAAACGCGCUUGUUGCAGUUUGCGGUUCUUGUUUUCCUUACAAAGCUUGAAAUGUCUAACUAUUAAAAAGGCAUUGGAAAUGGUAUGCAUGUUGUUGUUUUUUAAAGGUGUUCUUUUUAUUUGACUGACAAUUCAUUUUACACUCUAUAUAAUAAAAUUUCCACAAGAUAUCUUGUGGGCAAAGUGU